AAUCACAUGACAUCAGGAUUCACUUUCUUCAUGUUCUUUCCAUUUAGGAAGUGUGUUUCACCAAAAUGGGGUGUUGUUGGAGUUCAGAGAAAGAUGAUAAUUACACAGAUCCCAGUGAAAGUGAGCGGAGGCAUUUAAUAGACCCAGUUAGUAAUAACACUCAAAACAGGUCGGUAACAAAUGACAAUUAUGCUCCACAGAGCUAUGGGGCGACACAGAAGGGAGACGAACAAUCGGUGCUUAACAGGAUCUUACAUCAAGCUGCCAAUAAUGUGAUAGAUGUAUCUGCCAUUGAUGCCCAUAAUAUGGAACAACAUGAAUAUCAGGAUCGGGUAAAACAAUACAAGACGCGAGUUGAAAUAGUGUGCAGUAGUUCUCAAAGACUGAAACGUGGACCAACACUUCCUAACGUUGGGGUGAUGCCUCAGAAUGUGUUAUCAGAGCCACCAGUAUCAUUAGCAGACAUUCAGUUUGUAUCAAUGACAGCUGAAAAAGCUCUCCAAGCCGUUCGCCAGGUCAAGGUCACUCAUAAAGAAGACUUGGUUGUGCCGUUUGGCGUACCUUAGGAUAAAGACAUGCAUUUAGGUUUUUCCAAUUUGUACUUUGCUGCAUGAGAUGUGUGUGCCUUCAGAUUCAGUCAUCAGAUUCUUUUCCCCUGACUGAGAGAGUUGCGUAAAUUGUACUCUAAGCCUGAAUGUUUUCAAUGGCCCUUCAUUUCAAUGAGACAUCUUUUCCUAAAAAGAGGCUUACACAUAUCGGAGAAAGGAAAAGUUGCCAUGAAAACUUUCUGGUUAUCAAAUUUACAACUUUAGGAGUUGUACAUUUCAUACCAAGGCUGCGGUUGUGCUUGGGUCAGAAGUUUAAAGGAAGGGAGUAAACUGAUGUUCCUGGUGAACAUGAUGUGAUGAUUAUCAAAUACCUUGCUUUGUGCACCGGCCUAUCUUUUGGUUAAUGAUUAUGCAUGUACAUUGCAUUAGCAUAUCUAGUAUCUACGUGUAGUAUCAACGCUAAUCGGAUUGAUAGUUUUGUGAGGCUCAAUUCUUCAUAUCCUUGUCUUCUUUAAAAAGGACAAUAAGUGUCUCAUUAUUCUGGGUAAAUAUAAUCAAUUCAUUGUCAAUUCUAUCUAGGAAUAGUCAAAUUUACUUAUUCCUACAAUGGAAUUAAAUAUUGUAAUUUGUUUGAAGACUUCACCCAGCGUCUGGGACCCAUAUCUUACACAAAGAACUAUAGAUAAUGUACAUGUACACAGAUAUUAGUUCUAGAUAAGCACGUGUAAAUGAAAUUAAAAAGUUGUCACCGAGUUUGAAGGCACUGUAUAUUCAAUUGUAUAGGAUUUGUAAGAAAACAUGAACGAUUUUGAAUGAAGUAUAGAGUAAGGACUGCAGGCUAUGCAUGAGGUUUGAAUGCAAAGGACACACCACUCCAUCCCCUCCCCGUGUAUUUGACAGCAUAAACAUGAUAUUUAUGUGCUAUUUUCAUUCUUUGCAUUCAUGCCUUAUGAAUGUUUGCUGAGCAGACAGUAUUCUGUUUAUGUUCUGUUCAUAUUAUCAAGUUGUAAAUAGUGCUAUUAUAUUGUACACAAUGUGCUGAUUCAUACCUGUUGUGUUAAUGUCAUCGAAUCGCGUGCUGCAGAGAGGUGAUUCUUAUUGCAGAGACUUGCAAGUAAAUAUUUAUGGGUUGUAUGCUCAAAUCUUUAAAAUUUGCUCAGUUGAUACUAUUAGCAUCACUUAAGGCAGGUUUACUGUGACAUUGCCAUAACAAACCAUAUAUGGCAAUGUGAUGAAAAUAGACUGAGAAGUACAUCUAUGUUUUGGUACACAACAGCCAUGUCAAAAUUUAUAUUCAAUGUGUGAUAGCAUAAUUGAAAAAUCUCACAUUCAAUUUAUAAUUUGAAACUGCACAAACCACAUAGGCCUCUAAAGCACUUGUAUCACAGGCCAGUAAAUUCUAUUUGAGUUCAUCUUGGCUACACACCCAGGCUACACACCCAGGGCAAAGCCAAGUUUGCAAUAACACCCCUCUGUUUAUUCUGGAUAUUUGCCAAGAUGAGAUUAUUACCUUGGCAAAUAUCAGGGUCAGUUUCAUCUGAAACCAUCAAUUCAUUUACAUGUGGUCUUGCGAGCUGUAAAAAGGCAAGAAAAUUGUCACUUGAAAUGAUUUGUCCGACAAAUCUCAAUUCAUUAAAAUUAUUUUGUGUGCAUAAUGAAA